UACCCUAUUUAACUCAAGUGAAGUUCUCCUAACCACACCCAUGUGCAAACUCAAGUAGUGGAUACAACCGUUUCAUCCCCCUUAACAAAACAUAACACCCAAAUCCCAAAUUUAUCCACCUAGUCACAACCAAAUAACCCCUCCACAAAAAGUCAACAAGGGCAAUCUCGUCAUCAUCCACCAAAACCCUCUCCCAAAACCCAGCCACUCUUACACAAUCACAAAAGCCACAAACACAUUAAUUUCCAUUUCGUUUCAUUUCAUUUCCAUAUUUUUUUUUCCUUCCCAAAACUCACUUUCCAUUUCAUGCAAUUUGCAAACACAUUACAAAACCCAAAAUUCCACACUCACUCUCUUCACUCUCUCUCUCAUUUCACUUUCUCUCUCAUGCGAUUUCUCAUCCUCACGAUCAAAAUCUACCACUCGGGUUUUAUGUUCAGCUCGCUGUGACGCUCUAACUUGACACGGAUUUUACUUUCAGGUGCUGUAGUUUACCGAGGUAGUGAUGGAAGAUAAUCCCGCUUCAAGUCUCAUGGAAGGAAAUGUUGUUGGGAUCAGAUUCAGUAUGGCUACACGCCAGGAAAUUAGUACUGCCUCAAUUAGUGAUUCCCAAAUUAGCCAUGCUAGCCAGCUGGGAAAUCCAUUCCUUGGGCUUCCACUUGAGUUUGGGCGAUGUGAAUCUUGUGGCACUUCUGAAGCAGGGAAAUGCGAAGGCCACUUUGGAUAUAUUGAACUUCCAGUUCCAAUUUACCAUCCUAGUCAUGUUACUGAGUUGAAGCGAAUACUGAGCUUGAUCUGCUUAAACUGCUUAAAACUGAAGAAAAUCAAGAUUCCUUCUUCAGGCAGUGGUUUUGCACAGAGAGUAGUGGCUCCUUGUUGUGAGGACAAUAAUGCCACACAAGUAUCUAUUCGGGAGAUCAAAACAGCUGACGGGGCUUGUUACUUGGCACUGAAGGUGCCAAAGUCAAAGAUGAAUGACGGUUUUUGGAGUUUUUUAGAAAAAUAUGGUUAUCGCUAUGAGGGUGAUCAUACUCGAGCUUUGCUUCCUUGUGAGGCAAUGGAAAUUAUCAAGAGAAUGCCUCAAGAAACCAAAAAGAAACUUGCUGGAAAAGGAUAUUUUCCUCAAGAUGGAUAUGUUCUGAAAUACCUUCCAGUACCACCAAAUUGCUUGUCUGUGCCAGUAGUUUCAGAUGGUGUCAGUAUCAUGUCUUCGGAUCCUUCCAUGACAGUUCUUAGAAAAUUGCUUAGGAAGGUUGAGGUCAUCAGAAGUUCUAGAUCCGGUGAACCAAACUUUGAGUCUCAUCAAGUGGAAGCUAAUGACUUGCAAUCCGUGGUCGAUCAGUAUCUUCAAAUCAGGGGUACUUCUAAGGCAGCACGUGAUAUAGAAACACAUUAUGCGGUCAAUAAAGAGCUGAAUGAGUCUUCAACAAAAGCAUGGUUAGAAAAAAUGAGGACUUUAUUUAUAAAAAAGGGUUCAGGGUUUUCUUCCCGGAAUGUGAUAACUGGAGAUGGCUAUAAGAAAAUAAAUGAAGUAGGAAUUCCGCUUGAGGUUGCCCAAAGGAUAACAUUUGAGGAGAGAGUCAGCAUCCAUAACAUCCAUUAUUUACAAAAGUUGGUUGAUGAAAAUUUGUGCUUGACAUAUAAGGAAGGUUUGUCAACUUACUCACUAAGGGAGGGCUCAAAGGGGCAUACUUAUCUUAAACCUGGUCAGAUAGUGCAUCGGAGGAUUAUGGAUGGGGAUGUUGUCUUCAUCAACAGACCACCUACGACUCACAAACACUCAUUGCAAGCGCUUGUAGUGUACAUCCAUGAUGACCACACUGUCAAAAUAAAUCCUCUUAUAUGUGGACCCCUUGGAGCUGAUUUUGAUGGUGACUGUGUCCAUCUCUUUUAUCCCCAAUCACUUGCUGCUAAAGCUGAGGUUUUGGAGCUUUUCUCUGUAGAGAAACAGCUUCUUAGCUCUCAUAGUGGUAAUCUGAACCUUCAGUUGUCUGCAGAUUCAUUACUGUCACUUAAGAUGCUUGUCAAGAGUUGUUUUUUGGAUAAAGCCACAGCAAAUCAAAUGGCAAUGUUUCUCUCACUGCCUUUGCCAAUGCCUGCUUUGCUUAAUGCCGGUUCUGGUGAUUCUUAUUGGACAUCUAUUCAAAUGUUGCAGUGUGCUUUGCCUUUCUCGUUUGAUUGUACUGGAGGGCGAUACUUGAUUAAGCAGAGGGAAAUCUUAGAAUUUGAUUUGACUAGAGAUGUUUUGCCUUCAAUUAUAAAUGAAAUAGCGGCCUCAAUUUUUUUUAGCAAGGGUUCUCCGGAGGCAUUGAAUUUCUUUGAUGUGAUCCAGCCCUUUCUGAUGGAAAACAUAUUUGCCUAUGGAUUUAGUGUUGGGUUACAAGACUUGUCGAUAUCCAGGGCAGUGAAAAGAGUUAUAAAUAGAAGUAUUGGGAAAGUUUCUCCUUUGUUGCAUCAGCUGAGGGUCAUAUACAAAGAGCUAGUGGCUCAACAAUUGGAGAAACACAUUCAAGAUAUUGAACUUCCCGUCAUAAAUUUUGCUUUGAAGUCCACCAAACUUGGAGAUUUGAUUGACUCAAAGAGUAAGUCGGCUGUUGACAAGGUGGUUCAACAGAUUGGCUUUUUAGGCCAACAGCUCUUCGAGAGAGGAAGGUUUUAUUCCAAGGGAUUGGUUGAGGAUGUGGCUUCUCAUUUUCAUGUGAAGUGUUUCUAUGAUGGAGAUGGUUAUCCCUCUGCAGAGUUUGGGCUGCUCAAAGGAUGCUUCUUUCAUGGUUUAGAUCCAUAUGAAGAGUUGGUGCAUUCAAUUGCAACUAGAGAAGUAAUUGAUCGCUCUUCUAGAGGAUUAUCUGAACCAGGAACACUAUUUAAGAAUUUGAUGGCCAUUCUCCGAGAUGUGGUCAUUUGCUAUGAUGGAACUGUGAGAAAUGUAUGCAGUAAUUCCAUCAUCCAGUUUGAAUAUGGCAUUCAAUCUGGAGAAGCAGCCCAGCACUUGUUCCCUGCCGGUGAGCCAGUAGGCGUUUUAGCUGCAACUUCCAUGUCAAACCCUGCUUAUAAAGCAGUCCUUGAUGCUAGUCCUAGCAGCAACUCUUCGUGGGAGUUUAUGAAGGAAAUACUUGUUUGCAAGGUGAACUUUAAGAAUGAACCAAAUGAUCGUCGCCUAAUUUUAUACUUGAAUGAUUGUGAUUGUGGGAGGAGUUAUUGUCGUGAAAAUGCUGCAUAUCUGGUUAAAAAUCAAUUGAGAAAAGUAAGCCUCAAAGAUGCAGCCCUGGAUUUCAUUGUUGAAUACCAGCAACAGAGAAGACGCAAUGGUAGUUCUGAAGAUGCAGGCCUUGUUGGUCAUAUUCAUCUGCAUGAGGCGAUGUUAGAGAAGCUGAAGAUCAAUAUGAUUGAUGUUUUCCAAAAAUGCCAAGAGAAACUUAAUUCCUUUAGUCGGAAGAAGAAACUUUUCACAUAUAUUAAGAGAACUGAAUUAUUUUACAGUGAGUCUUGCUCUUCUCCCAAUUAUUCUGCACCUUGUGUAACAUUUGUUUGGCCGGAUGGCAAGGAUUUAGACCACACCACUAAAGUCCUUGCUGACUUGAUCUGCCCAGUUUUGUUAGAUGCAAUAAUCCAAGGAGACCCUCGUAUCAGCUCUGCAAAUAUAAUUUGGGUUAAUCCUGGCACAAACACAUGGGUCCGAAACCCGUCCAAAACUUCUAAUGGUGAGUUAGCACUGGACGUCAUUCUUGAGAAGGAAGCUGUUAAACAAAGUGGUGAUGCUUGGAGGAUUGUACUCGAUUCCUGCCUUCCUGUUCUUCAUUUGAUUGAUAUCAGGCGUUCUGUUCCUUAUGCUAUUAAGCAAAUUCAAGAAUUACUGGGAAUAUCAUGUACUUUUGAUCAAGCGAUUCAGCGUCUUGCAGCAUCAGUAAGAAUGGUGGCAAAAGGUGUUCUCAGAGAACAUCUAAUUCUCUUAGCAAGUAGUAUGACUUGUGGUGGAAAUUUGGUUGGUUUUAAUAUAGGUGGUUAUAAAACACUGGCUCGUCAAUUAAAUAUUCAAGUACCAUUCACCGAUGCAACACUCUUUACUCCUAAAAAAUGCUUUGAAAGAGCUGCUGAGAAACACCAUGCAGACUCUUUGUCAAGCAUUGUUGCUUCCUGUUCCUGGGGUAAACACGUGGCAGUUGGCACAGGAUCAAGAUUUGAUAUUGUAUGGGACCCCAAAGAGACAAAAACUAACGAGAUUGAAGGGAUGGAUGUCUACAAAUUCCUUCACAUGGUCAAAGGCCUUGCCAAUGGGGAGGAAGAAAACAAUGCUUGUUUGGGUGAGGACAUUGAUGAUUUGCCCGAUGAUGAAAAUGUGGACUGGGAUAUGUCCCCACCGCACACCUCUGGAUUUGAUGCUGUCUUUGAUGAGACUUUUGAACUAGUGAAUGGCUCAGUAUCAAAUGGUUGGGAUUCAAGUAAAGACCAGAUUGAUCAGAUCAAAACAAACACGAAUGAUUGGUCUGGUUGGGGACAAAAUAAAUCUGAAAUACAAGUUGACGACGGGGCUGAAAAAAACCAAUGGAACUCUGGAACUAAUCAAGACUCUUCAAAGUCCAGUGCUUGGGGGGCCGGCAAAAAUCAAGAAGACUCUUCAAAGUCUAGUGCUUGGGGGGCCGGCACAAAUCAAAAGAGUGAUCAGUCUUGGGGUAAAAGUAAAUCUGGAGUACAAGCUGAUGGAGCAGAAAAGGCCAAAUGGGAGUCUGGGAGCUCUCAAAAGUGGAAUGCUGAUGUUAUCCAAGAAGACUCUUCAAAAUCUGGUGCUUGGGGGGCCAACGCAAAUCAAAAUCAAAAUAGUGAUCAGUCUUCUUGGGGUAAGAAGAAAUCUGGAAUACAAGAUGAUGGAGCAGAAAAGGUCAAAUGGGAGUCUGGGAGCUCUCAAAAGUGGAAAGCUGAUGUUAUACAAGAAGACUCUUCAAAAUCUGGUGCUUGGGGGGCCAACACAAAUCAAAUCAAUGAUCAGUCCUCUUGGGGGAGAAAUAAAUCUGGAGUGCAAGAUGGUGGAGAUGGAAGGACCCAGGGAGAAGCUGGGGGUAUACAAAAUGACUCGUCAAACUCAGGUGGUUGGAAAACUUGGGGGAAUAGUAAACCUGAAGACUCUCCAAAGUCUAGUGCUUGGGGUGCAAACAAAGAUGCAACAAAACCCAAGUCGAAUGACAUGUCCUCAUGGGGAAUGAAAAAAGAUGAAGCACAUGUUAUGCCAGAAGACUCUUCUAGAUCUAAUGCCUGGGAACAUAAGGCGGACAAUGUAAAAGACAGUUGGGAUGCUAAAGUGCCUGUUGCCAUUAGCUCCUGGGGAAAACCCAAAUCACCAGAAAACCAACCUUGGGAUUCCAAGAACCAGUCAAAUAGCUCCUGGGGAAAACCCAAAUCACAAGAAAACCAGCCUGGGGAUUCCAAGAACGAGUCGGAUAGCUCUUGGGGAAAACCCAAAUCACAAGAAAACCAGCCUGGGGAUUCCAAGAACGAGUCGGAUAGCUCUUGGGGAAAACCAAAAUCACUAGAAAACCAACCUCUGGAUUCCAUGAACGAAUCAAAUAGUUCUUGGGGAAAACCUAAAUCACAAGAAAAUCAGCCUUGGGGUUCCAAGAACGAGUCAAAUAGCUCUUGGGGAAUUCCCAAAUCACAAGAAAACCAACCUUGGGAGUCGAAGAACGGGUCGAAUAGCUCUUGGGGAAAACCCAAAUCACAAGAAAACCAACCUUGGGAUUCGAAGAACGGGUCGAAUAGCUCUUGGGGAAAACCCAAUGCACAAGAAAACCAACCUUGGAAUUCCAAGAAUGCGUCAAAUCAAGCUGCAAGUUCACGUGAAUGGGACUCGCAAGCUGCUAAUGCUAACUCUGAAAAUGACAGAAGUUUUCAAUGGGGUAAACAAGGAAGAGAGUCAUUUAAGAAAAAUCGCUUUGAAGGUUCACAAGGUUCACAAGGUUGGGGUCCAAAUGCUGGGGACUGGAAAAAUAAGAGUCGCCCUGUCAGACCACCUGGACAAAGGUUUGAAUUAUACUCUUCUGAGGAGCAGGAUGUUCUAAAGGAUAUUGAACCUAUUGUGCAAUCAAUCAGAAGAAUCAUGCAACAGCAAGGUGACGGGGAUCCACUACCUGCCGAUGACCAAAAAUAUGUGCUUGAGAAUGUCUUUGAACAUCAUCCAGAUAAAGAAACGAAAAUGGGUGGUGGAAUCGACCAUGUUAUGGUUAGCAGACACAGCGAUUAUCAGGACAGCAGAUGCUUGUAUGUGGUUUUAAAAGAUGGUAAAAAAGAAGACUUUUCAUACCGCAAGUGCCUGGAAAACUUAGUCAGGAAGAAAUAUCCAGACACUGCUGAAUCUUUCUGCGGCAAGUAUUUCAAAAAACCCCAACCCCAACCCCGGGUAAAGAGGGACUUGACUCCAAAUCCAGCAGGGGAGCAGACCUCAAUUCCGACUCCAGCAGGGGAGCAGCCUGCAACCUCAAACCCAGCAGGGGAGCAGACCUCAGUUCCGACUCCAGCAGGGGAACAGCCUGCAACUCCAAACCCAGCAGGGGAGCAGACUGCUACUCCAGCCGGUGACCAAACCUCAACUCCAAUGCCUAUGGAGACCAAUGAGUAGAAGCUGAGAGUUGUGUCCUUAAUUUUGUACAGAAACAACUCAGUUAGGCAAAAGUUUCACCACCGACCAGUAAUCCUGUAGGAAAGGUUUCCUAUUUUGUUUACCGUCUCAGCAUCCGAUGUUUUGUUUUGGCCCGAUAUAUAUGAUGAUAAAACAAAUGGAAAUGUUUAUAUUUCAAAAUUUUGAUAUGAUAGCUCGUGAUAUGCCUGCCAAGCUACAUGCCCUUCGUCUUAUCUUAACCCACUACACCAAAAUGGAAACCUGAUUUGUUUCAUGAAUCAGCUUCUCUGUUUGUGAAUAGGUUAUCUAGCAUUUUAAAUUCAUCUGUACAGUGGUAGAUUAUUUGGUUAUAUGUUUCUCCUUUGUCUCAUCUGUGCAAUACAGAGGUGUAUCGAGUGCCAUUUUAUUGCUUGUUUGUAAUUUGUGGUAUGCUUAGGCUUAUGCAAUUUGUGUAUUCAUUAACCGCGUACAUCUAGUGACAAUUUAGAAAAUCGGUAUAGGUGGCUCUUUGUUAAUCUGCCCAAUAUCUUUUUUUA